GAGAGCCUGGGGCAGGGCGCGCAGUGCGCUGGAACUUGAACGAGAGGGCGAGCGCAGGGCGCACAGGCUUCUGAACCCCGGGCGAGUACUGGAGUCUCGAGGGGGCGCGGCCUGAGAGCAGACUGAGACCUGGCUGCCACUACGUGCGGGAGAGCGACCUGCACACCUUCUGGGCCAGCGCGGCCUUACCACUUUCGCACCCGGUGCACCCGGAGCACCCCAUGGCUACGAGAGAGGCAGAGCCUCCGAGGCUCUAGCUCCCAGGGCCCCGCCCCGCCCCGCCCCGCCCCGGCCCGUCCUCGGCCCCGGCCCCGGCCCCGGCGGGCGCCCCCCGCGGCGCUGCCCCGCCCCCGCCGUCCCGCGCCGCCCCGGGCCCCGGCCCGCCGCCCGGCCGCCUGCCCACCUGGCGCAGCGCCGCCCUCGGAGCCCGCGCACCCGCGCACACCGUCCGGCGCACCCCGCGCACCCCGCGCACCCGGCGGCUGCAGGAGGGCCCAGCGCCGCCGCCGAGCAGCAACCAGGGCCCGGCCCGCCCAGUCCGCGCUCUCUGGGAGGACUCCCGCUGGAGAUGGCCCCGCUCCGAUACUUCUUGUUCCUCUCCGUCCUGAAGCAGGCGUUGGGCAGCUACCCGAUCUGGUGGUCCCUGGCCAUCGGACCCCAGUACUCAUCCCUGGGCACACAGCCCAUCCUCUGUGCCAGCAUCCCUGGCCUAGUGCCCAAGCAGCUGCGCUUCUGCCGGAACUACGUGGAGAUCAUGCCCAGUGUGGCCGAAGGCAUCAAGGUCAGCAUCCAGGAGUGCCAGCACCAGUUCCGUGGCCGCCGCUGGAACUGCACCACCAUCAAUGACAGCCUGGCCAUCUUUGGCCCCGUGCUAGACAAAGCCACCCGUGAAUCCGCCUUCGUACACGCCAUCGCCUCCGCCGGGGUGGCCUUCGCAGUGACCCGCUCUUGCGCCGAGGGCUCAGCCGCCAUCUGCGGUUGCAGCAGCCGCCACCAGGGCUCCCCGGGCGAAGGCUGGAAGUGGGGCGGCUGCAGCGAGGACAUCGACUUUGGCGGAAUGGUAUCUCGGGAGUUUGCAGAUGCUCGGGAGAACCGGCCUGAUGCCCGCUCUGCCAUGAACCGCCACAACAACGAGGCGGGGCGCCAGGCCAUCGCCAGCCACAUGCACCUCAAGUGCAAGUGCCACGGGCUGUCGGGCAGCUGCGAGGUGAAGACGUGCUGGUGGUCGCAACCCGACUUCCGCACGGUGGGCGACUUCCUCAAGGACAAGUACGACAGCGCGUCUGAGAUGGUGGUGGAGAAGCACCGCGAGUCGCGCGGCUGGGUGGAGACCCUGCGGCCGCGCUACACCUACUUCAAGGUGCCCACGGAGCGCGACCUGGUCUACUACGAGGCCUCGCCCAACUUCUGCGAGCCCAACCCGGAGACCGGCUCCUUCGGCACCCGCGACCGCACCUGCAACGUGAGCUCGCACGGCAUCGAUGGGUGCGACCUGCUGUGCUGCGGCCGUGGCCACAACGCGCGCACCGAGCGCCGCCGCGAGAAAUGCCAAUGCGUCUUCCACUGGUGCUGCUACGUCAGCUGCCAGGAGUGCACUCGAGUGUACGACGUGCACACCUGCAAAUAGGGGGUGCGCCCCGCCCGCCCCCAUCUCCACGCCACCCCUCCCCCACUGCUGCGGCGAGGCUCUGGGACUGCUGGGGGGGAGGGGCCGUGGUGCGCCCUCCCCCUCUCCACAGCCCAACUUCUAGGGUGCCCCCCCCCACCGCUCUCCUGUGUAGAAUGGCCUCCCUGGAAGGAGACCAUGUGAGGGUGGCAUCAUCCUGUUCCUCCCCCCCCCACCAACACACACACACACACCUUCCUCUGAGUUUUGGUGCCCUGAAAUGAAUGAAUCUGGUGCCCAGAAGUCAGGGACCCUUCUCUCUCAGCCUGGCAUCUGGAAUCUGGCAUCGCCCCCCCUCCCGGAGAACCCCAAGAACCAGCUCGCCUGGCAGCAGAAGGGACCCAGCAAAGGCAGGCCUUGGGCUGUGAGGGUUCACUCUGCUGCCAAGUUGUGCCCAGACACCCAGGCCCUGUCCGCCCCUCACCCCCCUCACUGCCCUCUCCCUGGUCUGCUGUUGACAUAAUGGGACAUGCCUUCUUCUCAGCCCAGGCUUGCACCUCCAGGUUCACACAGAACAGUCUGCAAUGCAUCCACACAGAGAAGCAAAGACCCAUGUCCAGCCAUCCCUUAGACGGCUCACUCCAUGUGGACAAAUGGACCUGGAACCCCCAAAAGGUCGCUCUCCCUCCCCCCAACAAACACUUGUGGUCAGGACUGAACUGCUGAGGUCAUGCCCCAGAGCUUCUGGCUGACUCUCCUGCCCACUUAUCCACCGGCUUGGACCCCUCAGCUAUUCAGAUGUGUGUGUGGGGGGGGGAUGGGACCUACUUAGCCUCUGCCACUGUGAACUGUGCCCCCUGCCUGUUCCCUCCCCCCUCCCCCAGUCCUUCAGGACCCCCUCAACCUCCUGACUGGGGGAGCCCAGCUGGGGCCACCACUCUUCCUCUGCCUUGAAUUGUGUGUUUUUCAGUUUUAAUUUUAUUUCUGAUGCUGCUAUGUCCACCGUACACUGGAGCUAGACAAACAGAUGUGUUGUUGUUGUUGUUUUCCUUUUCUUUCUAUGAAAGAAGUUAUUUUAGUCCUAGCUUGUGAGUUUCAAACAGUGGGAAAAAUAAUAAUAAAAAAAGAAACA